UGUGUGUGUGUCAGACUGGUAUGUUUGGCCAUAGGAAUCCUCUUGUUGCUAAUUGGGAAUAUCUGGCCUGUGCAUGUGGUCUGAUCAGGCGUGGUGCUCCGAGGACAGUAACAGGCGUCCAGACGUUAUUAAACACAUUGUGAAGAUGCAGUCAUUUUAAUUGGCCUCCAUGGGCCGUGACAUAAGCGCCUGUGGUUAAAACCGCAGCGUGGCCAUCAGACGUGGAUUAAUGGGAUUAAGCCGACGCUCGGUUUCCUCUCACACGUCUGUUUGUAUUGUUCCUUCUUCAUUUGACUUCCUGCCUCUGCAACACUCACUGAGUUUUUCUGUCUGUCUCCUUCAUCCUGUAAGAGUCCUUAACGUGACUUCACCCCCUGAACGCUAGCCGCCUCUGAUGGUCUACAACGGGCUGUGAAUGUUAAUCGACAGAGCUGCUAAUCACUGAUCAGCUCUGGGUGACUGGUGUUUUGCAACCCCCCGGCCAGGAGAUGGGGCCAUAGGAGAGGUUUGGAAGGACAUAACGACCUUACAGCUGCACCGCAGAGUGGCACAUACGACUGCACGCAGCUUAACAGCUUUUGCUGCAGUGGUGACCGAGUGCUUCAGUGCUGCUCGGCUGUUGUUUAACAUGAAACCGUCUGUAAGUGGAGCCCUUUCACACGUGGCGUGUCAACGAAAAGCUGCAAAAUGCCAAAAUAUAUUUCUGGGUUUUUUUAAAGAAUUACAACCAUUAAACUCCGGGAUGUUUUUUUUUAACGCAGAGGCAGUCACGGUCGUCUGCUUUUGGAGAUUGGUUUUCUUUUCAAUUUAGUGCUCGCAGUUAAGUACAUUCACACAGGAAAAAAGAGUGAAUGUUUGCGGUUGUGUUUACGUCAGUGAUAGUAAUUUACGGCUUGUUUGGUUUUUAGGGAGAAAGAAUGUUUGUACAAAUUGGAUCAUGCUUUGUUUGUUUUUUUCCAACACAGAGCUGUGUAAACAAAGAGAGAACUCUAUUAAAGAAGGAUCGGGGAUGCAUCCCAGUGUCCACCUGCACUGGCCCACUACCAUAAUUAUGGAUAUCCACAGUAUUACAAUGAAAGCGCAGCACAUUUUCAGCUAUAACAAUGAGAAAUGUCUGUGCCCGGAGCUGGCAGCUAGUUAUUUUAUCAUUCUCCCUUAAUAAGUGAUCUGUGCUGAAUUUGUACAGCUUUAAUGAGGCCUUACUUCACGUUGAGGGUUAUUAUCCUCGCAGCAGAGGAGCUGCCUCUCCUAACGCCAUAUACUGCUUUAAUAGGCCUUUUAUGUCAUUCUCCAUCUACCUGACUGUCUGUCCAAAUGUGCCUCUGGACAGUGACAAGGCUGAAUUAUUUAUCUGCAGAAGCUGGUCCUGAUAUAGAUGCAUAUCUAAAUGACGUGCGCCUCAGCUCCAUUCUCUGACGUGGACUUGUUCAAGUUCAGCAAAGUCAGGAAUUCCUAAUGAAACUGUCAAAAUAAGUUGAGCCGUUCACAUGGUUUAUUAAAGCUGCAGCUGCUGUUGGUCCGGCUGUGUCCAAACCUGUCUUCUUUAACACAGAGAGUGCCGGGGAAUAAAACGUUAAAAAUAUAUACUGAAAAAUGAUAAUAGGACAAGACCAUCAUGUGGCUGUGGAUAUAGAUUUGACAGACAGCAAUACUAGUUUUAUCAAUUAAAUAUGUUUUACUGGUGGCAAAGUUUGAAUAUUACUGCAAUAUAAUUUGUCUCUACGAUUCAAUGCUAGGUUUUAAUGAAAAGCUUAAAUUGCUAACUGUGAACUUUAACAGUAACGACUAAAAUCCAACAAAUAUUUUAAAAAAAAUUUCUUGAGAUUUUUUCCCGUAUAAAUAAGUUAAUUAUUUGGAUUAUUCUGUCUGCUUCAGUAAACCUACUAACAUUUAUUUGACAGUCCUGGUCCAACCACAUGUGACACAGUCUCCCACUGUCUUAAAACCACAGUAGGAACCAGAGGAAGUUGUUAUUGUUCAUGCAUGGACGACAGGUGUAGCGGGGCAGAGUUACGGCACCUGACCGACUCUGACAUUUAAUAAAUGCUGUGAACUUUAAAGGAAGUUAAAAGUUGAGCAGCAAAGUGUGCGGGACACACAAUCCUGAGUGCAUCUGGACACAGAGAGCACGGAGAGAGAGAGGGAGAGGGAGAGAGAGAGAGAGAGAGAGAGGGGAGGGAGAAAAAAUGUGGAAAGCACAGUGGGGGAAAUGUACUACAGGGAAGCAUGAGGCAGAGAGAAAACAGAGCAACUGAGUUGAGUUGAAGAAGAGGCUGGACAAAGACAGGCACUUGUUAGCUGAUGUGUCAGUGUGAAAGAGAGAGACUGAAGACUUUCCUAUCAAAGACAUUCUCUUCACGGAGCCUCAAAGACUUUGUUCAGAGAGAGACGGGUGGAGACUAAUGUGCAGCAGCAAGGAGAAGCUGGUUGUAGGGUUUAUUUUUGUUUGUAAGUUGAUGACAACUGACCAGGAGGCUGAAUGAGUGAGGAAGGUGCAACACAUGCUUCCAGUCUCACACAUGCUGAGACCAACAAACACAGCCUGGCCAGUAGCACAAACACUGGACCAAUGCAGCUCCAAACGUCUGCAGAAUCAGAGGAGAAGACGAUGGACCCGGUGCAGAAGGCCGUGAUCAACCACACUUUUGGAGUUCCUCUGGUCAAAACCAAGCGACCUGUCAUCUCCUGUAACGUCUGCCAGAUCCGCUUCAACUCUGAGAGCCAGGCAGAAGCACAUUAUAAAGGAAACCGUCACGCCAGGAGAGUCAAAGGCAUCGAAACCUCCAAAGGUCGUCCACAGGAGGGGGACAAGCCUUAUAGUGUGCCCCCUACCUCACCGUCUCCGCCUGGAGCGCCAAUCGCUGUCUCAGACAGUGAGUCGGUCAAAGCUGAUGAACCACAGCCUCCCACACAGUUAAAUGGACUCCUGCUCACCACAGGGCCCCUUCCCACACUUACUACUCCACCUACUCCACCCAUGGACUCCCCCGUACCAUCAGUUUGCUCCAUCCUGACCAACCCGACUCCACCCUUGGUCCACCCUACUUCCACCUCCCCGGGCUGUGGCAGUGGUAGCGCUAGCAUCAACACAGAACAGACCGGAUCUGGACCGGGAGCCACCGGCACCUCGGCCUCCAGCAGCCCUACCAACCCAGAGACAGAGGAAGACAAGGCCAAAAAGCUGCUGUACUGCUCACUCUGCAAGGUGGCAGUCAAUUCCCUGUCCCAGCUGGAGGCCCACAACAAAGGUACCAAACACAAAACUAUUCUAGAGGCUCGCAGUGGGCUGGGCCCCAUUAAAGCAUAUCCUCGCUUAGGCCCUAAACCAAGUGGAGAGCAGGGAGGUGGCCCAGUGGACCCCAACACUCAGGAAAGAACCUUCCACUGUGAGAUCUGCAACGUACGGGUCAACUCUGAACUUCAACUAAAGCAGCACAUAUCAAGUCGAAGGCACCGGGACGGCAUGGCAGGCAAACCUAACCCACUCCUCAGUCGACACAAGAAGCACAGGGGAGCGGAUUUGACGUCAUCUCUGACCUUCUCCAAGGAUCUCACCAAAGCUUUGGGGGCUGGGCUCUUGCCCAGCCCCUUGGCUGUUGCUGCAGCGAUGGCAGCCGCAGCUUCCUCGAACCAGUUAGCUCUACGUGCAGCAGCAGCUCCUGGGCAUCACCCACACCACCACCUCUUGCAAGGUCCUCCACUAAGCCACGCCAUCCUACGACCCGCCCCAGGCCCCAUUCGCACCACCCAUGGGCCAAUCCUGUUCUCUCCCUACUGACACAUCACCUACUGACUUCGAGCCAGUUAGGAACAGCCACUCCAAAAGCACACUGUGAAGAUACAAACAUAAUAAAUCAAUGGGAAAACGAUAGGGAGAAAUAAAUCCAAUCAUUAACAAAAAAUAUCAAACUGAGAGGAGAGGAAUUUAAAAGGAGAAGCAGGAAGGAGAAGUAUAUGUUUGUCUUUUACCCUUUACUUCAGUCUCUCCCUUCUUUUUGGCAACUUUUGAUUGAUCUACGACUGGAAUGAGCAGAGGAACGACAUUUAUUAUGCAUUUACCUUCCCCAUACACCCUCUCACUUUCCUUGGUCUCCCCGUCCUGCUCUGUGGCCCUGGCUGUCUGGAUAGCUACAGAAGACACACGUACAGACCUUCCUACAACGAGUUAACCACAUGUAGAGUUACGUCAUUAUUCUGGGCCAGGUGUGAUUUUUGUCAUAACGGCUCAGUGUGUUCUCCACAUCCUAUGCACCUCAAAAAUAAAUAAUAAAUUAAGACAAUGAUGUUGUGUCAGUAGGGAAGCUGCUUCCAUCUGUCUUUGCUGUACGCAUCACAUGUAGCUGUGCGGCCUCUUAUGUCCCCUUCUGCAGCAGAGGACGGCAACUUUUCACUUCGUGACACUAGGUCCUCCUUAGACACAGCAUGACGUGGGCUAACCAGCAGGCUGUAGCCACGUGUGAAACGUGUUUGGUUGGGAGGGGGAGGGCAGAAAAGUGUUUGUGCGGUGAAGGACGGGCUGACAUGGGUCAGUGGAUGGUCAGACCUCCGGCAGCAUGCAAACACACAGGCCUGAAUGAAUU